AUGCCAGCUCUGGGAAACGCACCCCGGCAUACUCAGCUCCGGUUGGCACAUGUGAGCAGCCAGGGGCAAUGCCACUCCCAAGGCACCAGUGCCAAUGACACAAUUGUUGAAACCACCAAUGGGCGAAGCCACUCCACCAGCUUGUGUAAAGAGACAGUCCUUGGGGUGAGGAAGUCAGAGCGAAGGCCACGGGUGCUGGCCCGGAGUGGUCGCUCUGAGGGAAAUGGCGGAUCGGAGGGCAAGAAGGUGAAGAAAGUCAGGACUCGCACGCCUCACCAGCUGCACCUCAGUAAACUUUGUCAGCGGCGCUACAGGGAGAGACAGAAGCAGAAGCUGGCUCGUGUGCAGGCAGCAGUCCCAGUUCUGCAAGAGCGCUGUUCACGGUUUGAAGAGGCUCGUCAACAGAAUGCCAUUCUGAAGGCAGCACAGUCCAGGCUUGAGGCGAUCGUUCAGAACCAGCACGCAUUCAUUUUGGCACUGCAGGGAGGUUCUGGUCAACCUGGGAUCCAAGGUCAGCAAGCAUCCGAAGCCAACGAAGUGUCUUCCCAUGGUCAGACAUAUAUUUUUGACAGCAGCUCGCAGGAUGCCGGCAACCCAAACACAAGCAUGGGCCCUGCAUCAGAUCUUUUGCCCUUCCCCUUGGAAGGCACACCCAUCUGUGACAACAGCUUGCUGCUGUCAAACCCACCGGGUCCCCAGCCCUCCGCCUCCGGCGCAGACCUUGAACCCAGCCUCUUGCACAGGACUGCACAGGCCACACUGCCACGGCGCACCCCACCCCCCUGGGCGCUGUCCCUAUGGGGCCAGCCUCAGGGUAGCAGCCAUCCAUUCGAGCACCACGCUAAUGCCUGGGGCUCGGCUCCCAAUGCCUAUGACUCCUUGUUGAGCCCCUCAUUGCUGGGCUCCCCUCAGCAUCAAGGGCCGCCCUGCGAGCUGCCGGUGGAUUCCUGCUCCCUGCCAAAGCUGUCCCCCACGAUGAGCGAUCCCGGACCCUCUUCCACUAACCCCUAUGCCCUACCCGACUGGGAUCUGGGCGAGCUCGAGCAGCCGAUGGGCAGCAGCGAAGACUGUGUGUACGGCACACAGGAAAAUUUGUCAAGCAGAGGGCUCCCAGAGCCCAGCUCUCAUGGUCAUGAUAUGGUGCAUGAUACAGACCAGGAUUUUCUGUUGUCUUCUUUGCUAAAAGGCCCCCUGGUCGUGCCAGAGCGACUGCUCUGUGAAGCAACCCGUCCUGGGCACAGCGCUGGGGAGAGCAGUGGCCAUGUGGGAACAGCCACACCGAUGGGGCAGCCGUUGAAGCGUGGCGCUUCGAUGCCGUCCGCUUGUGGGCCAACCGAGGCAAGUGGGGAGGUGGGCAGCCUGGGGAGUUUGACGGAGAGGCUGGAGGAACAGGUCAGGGCGAUCCAUGGUGUAUUGGCAGCAAACGCCAUCGUGGAUGGCAGCAGCAGGGCUUCCAGGGAGGUUGAGCGGGAGCUGUGUGACAUGGUGGAUUGCGCCAUCCAGGUGGCCGUCAGCAUCGCAAGGCUCAGGGCGCCAAAGGCCUGUGCGUCAGAUGGCACCUUCAGGCCGCCAGCCCUGGGGGACCUGGGGGAAGUUCUCGUGGGCAAGAUCCGGGAGUGUGCUGCGAUGUUGCAUCUCACGGGCUCCCAGAAGCAGGACAUUGGGGAACUGAAAUGCAGGCACGUUGCACGGUUGCAGCAGCUGUACGAGGAAAGGUCGAUGCUAAACCAGCAGGCGAAAUCAGUGGUGCGGGCCUCCGGCAGCCGCCAGCUCAGCGCCGUCUCGGCCAGCGUGCGGCCAGUGUGGGAGCAGGUCAAGCGCAACGUGAAGGAGGAGCGCACGGAGGCGGCGGAAGCGCUGCGAUGCCUGGCCUUCGGCAUAUUGAGGCCGCUGCAGGCCGCGCUGCUGACGGCCGCCGCCCAGAGUAUUGACAUAAUGCUCGUGGCCGCCUGUCUCGAAAUUCUUAGCGAAGACGCCGCAGAGGGUACCGACUCUGGAGCGGCGCGGACUUGA